AUGCUACGUGGUAAGAUCCCUCGUGGUGUUGAAUGGGAAGUUAUGGUUGAUUCCUUCUUCUGGAGAGAUCCUGAAGAGAUCGAACGUCAAGAGCGUAUGGCUGCUGAGGCUGCUGCCUAUGAGGCUUCUAAGAACACUAUGGUCGAGGCUACUGGUAUGGCUGCUGCUACUGCUACUACUGGUGUUGAGGGUACUGCUGCUAAUGCUGCUUACUUCGAGGAGGGUGAGGAAUGGACUGGAGCUACUGGUGGUGAUUGGGCUGCUGCCAGUGCUGAUCAAUGGUAA